AUGGCUUUGAGCAUUUCUUCAAUAAGAGACACAAAAUGGCUGACUCUGGAAGUGUGUCGGCAGUUCCAACGAGGAAAUUGUUCACGUAGUGAUGAGGAAUGCAAAUUUGCUCACCCGCCAAAGAGCUGCCAGGUUGAGAAUGGGAGAGUAAUUGCCUGCUUUGACUCACUUAAGGGUCGAUGUUCUAGGGAAAACUGCAAGUACCUUCAUCCCCCCUCUCACCUAAAGACUCAACUUGAGAUUAAUGGGCGUAACAAUCUGAUACAGCAGAAGACGGCAGCGGCCAUGCUUACACAUCAGAUGCAGCUCAUGAUCCCCAGCUCUGGUCUGCAGCAACUGGGAAUGGCCUCCAAUGCGGGUCUUGGCUAUGGCCAUUACUUAAGCCCCCUGGCCCACAGCAUGAACCUGCUUCCUACAGAGAUGCUUCAAAGCAGCUCUAUGGUCAUCCCAGGGAGUUCACCUAUGACAGUGCCCAACUGCUCCUCAUCGCCCUCACAGAAGCUGCAGCGCUCAGACAAACUAGAGGUGUGUCGUGAGUUCCAGCGAGGGAAUUGUGCAAGAGGAGAGACAGAUUGCCGAUUUGCUCAUCCCUCCGACAGUCCAGUGAUUGACACAAAUGAUAACACAGUAACUGUUUGCAUGGACUACGUCAAAGGACGCUGCUCCAGAGAGAAGUGCAAAUAUUUUCACCCGCCCGCACACUUGCUCGCUAAAAUUAAGUCCAACCAACAAGUCACUCCGACCGGCAUGACAGCACAGACUGCUGCAGCUAUGACUCAGUCGACUGCCAAAGCGCUGAAGCGACCCCUCGAAGCAACAUUAGACCUGGGGUUUCCUAACAGCACCUUGCAGCCCAUAACAAAGCGACAAGCUCUAGAAAAGAGCAGUUGGAGCGGCUCUCUCUUCAAUCCCAGUCUUUUGCAUUACCAGCAGGCACUGACCAAUGCACAACUGCAGCAGCAGCAAUCAGCUGCUUUUUAUCCCACAGGGUCAGUCUUCUGCAUGUCUCCAACCACUAGCAUGGAUCAUUCUCAAGUAACUUUCAGAAAUGGAUAUGCCUGCCAUGUUGCAGCAAUGGAACUACCGAAACAGCAGCUUUGUAAAUACAGCCUCACAGUCGACUGCAAGCCGCAUGACACUUAA